AUGACAACACCAAGUUUAAUACCACUAGUAGCACUACCAAUACCAGGAGACAUUCUCUCAUGUCUCCAAUCUGCCGGUUACCUUUAUUACGAAGACAUCGAACAAGAAGAGGGCUCUCCAGCGGAUAACAUAAUUAAAAAAUUUGCAAGUAAUACAAAAUUGUUUUGGAAAGCUGUUAUGUCACCACCUGAGGUAAAGACAGCACUUGACAUAUGGCAGGAGGAGAGUCAGCUGUUUGGCAUAGUGACUUUCUGCAAAGCAAUUGAUGACAUGUUAGAUGGAGGUAUUCCACUGCAGAGCAUCACAGAAUUUUGUGGGGCUCCAGGUUCAGGAAAGACACAGCUCUGCUUGCAGCUUUGUGUUGAUGUGCAGAUUCCGAGCAUAUUUGGUGGUCAUGAAGCAGAAGCUGUGUAUAUAGACACAUCAAGCAGUUUCACAUUGAUUAGAUUGUCAGAUAUGGCUGAUGCUUGCAUCAGUCAUUGUUCUUUAAUUGCCAGACAACAAGGUAAACUCCCUGCCUCAACUUUUACAAUGGAAGCAAUAAAAAAUGGCAUAUCUUAUAUAUCAGUAACAAACCACAUACAGCUGUUGGCUGCAGUCUUUCAACUCAGUGACAUUUUAGAAAAAAGAAAUGUAAAAUUGAUUGUCAUUGAUAGUAUUACAUUCCCUCUCCUAUAUGGAGAACUGAGCAGCAUUCAGAGAACAAGACUCUUGCAUCAGAUCCUUGAUGAAUUGCAUCUGUGUGCUAAAAAAUUCAAAGUUGCGGUUGUUGUAACAAAUCAGUUGACUACAAAAGUCUUUGCUGAUGGCACCUCACAAGUUGUUCCAUCACUGGGAGAAAGUUUUGGUCACCGUAUUAAUCAUCGCAUCAUGUUAGGAGCUGAGAGAGGUGGCACUUUUGCAGCAGUGCUCUUGAAAAGUACUGUGUACCCAUGUGCUUCUGUCGGCUUUCAGAUAUCAAAUAUUGGAGUGAGAGAUAUUGGCAAUGGCUAACAUCACAACUAUUGAUGCCAUGUGAUGUUUAAAACUUGAUGCAUGUUGACACUGAGACCAGGAAGUGGUUCUUGAGCACAUUAUACAUAUGUGUAUAUUCCAGACAAAAAUUAGUUGUUUAUCAUGUGUGUUUUAAUGAUUCUUUUAUUUACUUGUAAAAGAAAGCCUUUCUUCGUACUGUGUAAUUUUUUUGACCACAAUUAUUGUUUGUAAACUGACCAGUAUCUAAAGAAAUCUAUGUACACUCUAUUAUUAAAUUAUUAAUAGUUUUGUAACCUUGGUUACUAUUGUAAUCACAUGAAAUUGAAAUUGUAUUAAAAUAACAAUAUUAAGAUUCGA